AAACAUCUCUUUCAUAACGAAAAUUUCUUUUUCUGUCUUCUUUCUUCCUCAAAACCUCAAGUUUCAACUGAUCAAAACACCAUCUUCUUUGUUUUCGGUCAACAUGAACGACUUACUCACGGAUUCAUUUUCUGGCGAUGUCAAAGGCCACGGCGAUAUCGAAAUGGGAAGACAGGUUCCCGGGACCGGAAGCAACUCCGACGUGGGAAUGGAAGCUUUCAAUAAGCAUAUUCAAGAGGCUGAGAAACAAGUGGAGAAGCUCUCUGGUUUACUCAGGAAACUCAAGGAUGCUAAUGAGGAGUCGAAGGCUGUUACGAAGGCAUCCGCCAUGAAAGCUAUCAAGAAGCGGAUGGAGAAAGAUAUUGAUGAGGUUGGAAAAACAGCACGAAAUGUUAAAGCAAGAUUAGAAGCAAUCAACAAAGAUAACUUAGCCAAUCGGCAGAAACCUGGCUGCGAGAAGGGAACAAGUAUUGACAGAUCCAGAACCAAUGUUACAAAUGCGGUGGCGAAAAAUUUCAAGGAUUUGAUGAUAGAGUUUCAGACACUCAGACAAAAGAUCCAGGAUGAGUACCGGGAGGUUGUCGAAAGAAGGGUCACUACAGUUACCGGGACCAAACCGGACGAACAGACAAUUGACAACCUCAUUGAAACUGGGAACAGUGAACAAAUUUUCCAGAAGGCUAUUCAAGAACAGGGACGAGGACAGAUACUAAACACGGUGGAGGAAAUCCAAGAACGGCAUGACGCGGUGGUCGAGAUCGAGAAAAAGCUUCUUGAUCUACAACAGAUUUACCUUGAUAUGGCAGUUGUUGUUGGAGCUCAAGGAGAAAUUUUAGAUAACAUUGAAAGUCAGGUUGCAAAUGCAGUAGACCAUGUACAAUCAGGAACUGUUGCUCUUCAAACUGCAAAAAGCUUGCAGAAAAAGUCAAGAAAAUGCAUGAUGAUUGCCAUUAUCUUACUCCUCGUUAUUGCACUCGUCAUUGUGCUUUCUAUUUUGAAGCCAUGGAAGAAAUGAAGAGAUGAAAAAGUAGACAUCCAUUUCCAUUUUCUUUUUGCUUGAAUGAGGAAUUCCAAAUUACAGUUUGAUAUACUAACAAUCUUAUUAGAAUGC